AUGAAAGAACAUGUUAACCACUUGAAACAAGUUCUAGAUGUGCUUAGAAAAGAAAAUCUGUAUGCUAACCAUAAGAAGUGCUCUUUUGGCACAGAUAACCUUGUCUUUUUAGGUUUUGUUGUGACUUCACAGGGCAUACAGGUUGAUGAGGAAAAGGUGAAAGCUAUCAGGGAGUGGCCGAUUCCUAAAUCUAUUGGAGAGGUCAGAAGUUUUCAUGGACUUGCUGGCUUCUACCGGAGGUUUGUGAGAGAUUUCAGUACAGUUGCAGCACCACUGACUGAAGUAGUCAAGAAGAGUGUAGGUUUCACUUGGGGCCAGCCCCAAGAAGAGGCAUUUCAAAUGCUAAAAGAGAAGUUAACAAGUGCUCCCUUACUUGCACUUCCUGACUUUUCUAAGACUUUGAAAUUGAAUGUGAUGCAUCUGGUAUUGGAAUUGGAGCUGUGUGAUGCAGGAUAA